GACUCCCUGACGUACAGUCCUCCUCUCUGCGCUGAUGCAGGGGGGUUUCCAUCAUGGCGUCGAUGCAGAAAAGGCUACAAAAGGAAUUAUUAGCCCUGCAAAAUGAUCCACCCCCAGGAAUGACGCUCAACGAGAAAAGUGUACAGAACACCAUAACACAGUGGAUUGUAGACAUGGAGGGAGCACCUGGUACACUGUAUGAAGGAGAGAAAUUUCAGCUGCUUUUCAAAUUUAGUAGUCGUUAUCCUUUUGAUUCACCUCAGGUAAUGUUCACAGGAGAGAAUAUACCUGUCCAUCCACAUGUGUAUAGCAAUGGUCACAUCUGUCUAUCUAUUCUAACGGAAGAUUGGUCGCCAGCCCUCUCAGUGCAAUCAGUUUGUCUUAGCAUUAUCAGCAUGUUGUCAAGCUGCAAAGAAAAGAGACGACCGCCAGAUAACUCCUUUUAUGUAAGAACGUGUAACAAAAAUCCAAAGAAGACAAAAUGGUGGUAUCAUGAUGAUACAUGCUAAUGUACAAACUUUGUAAUAGUCGUAGAAUAAAGGAGUCCUACUGACCUACGUAAAGCACUUUUUAAUCAUUCAGUCUUUGAACUCUGACCUUUGACUGGAACAGUGGACACCAUGCGCUGGAUGCUUUUGACUGCAUUUCUCCAUGGGCGGUUGGAUGCAUGUUUUAGCCGGUUGUAAUGUAGAGAAAGAAUAUAAUGGAACGUUUAGAUGCACCCAAGAUGGAUCGUUUGGCAAGAGAUAGUUAUGCAGCAAGCAAGCAAGGUGGAUUUAUAGUGAGAAAAUUAUGAUUCUUGUUUUUAAGAUUAUUAUUGUUACUUUUUUGUUUCUGUGUGGGUGCAUUUUAAGGUCCUUGUGUUGUGCAAUAACAACUGAUGGAUGCAUGCUUGGGCCUACAAAGAGAAAUCCAAAUCUAAUCGUUUUCUGGAAGGGAUCUGACCAUCGUAACCCCAAGAAAAUGCUUCAUCUGUUGUUUUUUUUUUCUUUUUGAUUAUUCUUAUUAUUAUAUGCACUGUGAAAGUAACUAGUUAAAGGCACUACUAGAGCAUUAUUCCCACCUUGCAGUUAUACUGUAAGCAGUCCUCCACUCCGUUAUCAGGUUAAAUGGUUUUAGUUUGUAACCAUUGUAUCAAAAGUAAUCAUAAUAUUCUUCUUCAUCUUCCAACUUGAGACCUGGUUGCAGUUUGUCCUGCCGUUGGACAGAAUGUCGGUACAGAUGGGAAUAAAACAGAUGAUGAUGACGAUAGAUUUCUUUGUCAGCUGAUGACCUCAGUGUACAUCUCCUCAUAAAGUUGGGCUGAACUCGUGUAGUGUUCACUUGUCCAGCCUUGAAGAUGUGCAGCAGCCUCUCUUCCUUUUAAAGAAUGUCUGUAAGAGAACAUCGUCACAAGAUCCAUUUUUAUUUGUAUGAUAGAUACUUUUUUUUUUAAUUUCAUGCUUUAAUCUUCUAAAAUGUCUGAUUUUAAAUGUCCUGAGUUCUUUUUGUACUGUUUUCACACAGCUGAUACUUUGAAAAGGGGGUUGGGGUGUUUUGAUGGGUCAGUAUGGUAUUGACUUUUUUUUUUUUUUUAUAUUUAAGUCUGUGAUUGAUUUCCAGAAUGGUAGUGAAUGACUUAAUGAAGAGUCUUUCUAGAAGUCACGAAUAUGAGGCUUUUGUGAUUCCCCCUGGUCAGAGUUUUGGCUCAGGUACUUUUUCAAUAAAGAGAUCACCUCUAAAAAGAUACCUAUCAGAUAUUUUGAAUUUACCUAUAUUUUCACCAAAAGAGACUGUUAUGUUGUAAAAUUAUAACACGUCUGAAACUAUUGUAUAUAAGUCUUUAAAUUGUUGGAUGAUGUGAAAGAAAUUAGCAGAGGAUGCAUUUACUUUAUAGCAGAAUGAUAAUAAGAGUGCUUUAUUUCAGUGGAAGUUAGUCUGCAUCUUUUGCUAAUUAAGAUGUGUACAGUAAGCAACAAAUAUUACUGUUGGUUUAAAAAAAAAAAAAAAAGAAACAAAAAAAAAAAAGUUUAGUAGUUUUACAGUGGGGGUGCAUGCAAUUUUAAACCCUACUUUUUCUUAUUGGCAUCAGACAUUGUGACAGCUAUGAGUCUUUCCAUAACUUUGCUAAUGGUUUAUGGAAUGGAUAUUACAAACCUCACCUCCAGAGGCUGUGUGGCUUUUUGUCAUUUCAGGCUGUAAUCACUCCAUUCCUAAAGAGAUGUUUAUCGCCAUCCAGUCAGAGAUACUUGAAUUUUCCAUCAUGUAUUGCAUUUGCUUUUUCCAGGGUCUAGUUGAGUUUCUUGAAUGAACUUGCGUGAAUGUGAUGAUGCUCUAUACUGUAGAGGAGAUUACCACAGCACACCGCUAUCUCAAAACUAUAUUGAUAACUUAAAGACUUCUAUUUAACCAAUGACUUUUUUUUUUUUUUCUUAUUGGCCUCAUGGUAACUGUCUGUCUGCUGUCACCGUGCUGUGAGGAAAGACAUGGAAGGACUGAAAUGAUUGUGUACAUGCAGUCACAACAGCAUUUGUGCGGGGACAAAAAGCCUUCACUCUGUGGGCAGUAGUUCAGUAGAGUUUUGAAAAACUUGAGAGUGAAUAUGUUACAAGGGUUUGGAUGUGUCAUGUUUUUUUUUUUUUUUUUUUCCUUUUCAAUGUAGUUUGAACUCUUACCUUGCAGGUUGUUGUGAGUGAUCAACACUAAUGAGGGUGUGUUAUUUAUAUUUGAAAUUUUGUUCUGGGAUGUGCAAGCUCCAUGUAAUAGGUGCCUGUUCAUUUUCAUAAUCAAUAAUAAAAGCAAAGAUUCACUUUUAUUCAAAA